UUCACACUGUUUCCUUCACACUGUUUCCUUCACACUGUUUCCUGGCUUGUUCUGGCUUGCAUCAGUCUCAUGGAGCACAUCAACAACCACACAUAUUUAGUACUUUAUAUAUAGAAUGUUCUGGUUAGGACAUCAUUUCUGCCGAUCUAUUAUUCAUUGGUCACUCCCUCUGCGAUGCCACCUGUCUAUUGUUUUUAAAGAAUAAUCUAACACACUGAAAUUCUAAUCCUCAAAUCUCAUAUUCUCUCCUUCUAUUCUUCGCUCCUUCGCUUCAGUCUGCGGAAACGAUUUCAGCCUUGAAGAACAGCGGCCGCACAUGAACGUAGCUCUGUGUCGUCGUCAUGGUUUCAGAGAAUAUGAAGUCCACUUAAGUGUGUUUUUGUGUGUGUGUGUCUUCCUGUGCAGGUUAUUGCUGAAGAUGCAAGCCUCAACUGUCUCACCUGUGACCAACACAACCACCACAAAGACCAACGAACAAAUACUCAUCCAGAGUUCGGGGGCGAUGAUCGUCGUCAUUGUCUUAGGGAUCAUCGUCGUUCUCGCCAUUCUGCUGAUAAUCCUGAAGACGUACAACAGGCGGACGCACGUCUCCAGAGUGCUGGGCGCCAGCCGCGGCUCCAGGCCUCAGCCGAAGUCGUCGCUCACCACGGUCAACAGCGGCGUUCCGCUGAACCUCAUGGGACCCGACUCGGCGUCGGGCGGCGCCUUCGGUUCAAACCCCGCCUCGGAGAACGACUCGCAGCUGCCCAGCGCGUCGCUGCCCAGCGCGGAGGGCAACCCCAUCGAGCAGCUGAGCACCAUCAGCGAAUCCCCCGCGAUGACCCCGAGCGACGCUCCGUCAAUAGGAAACACAUAGCGACACGACGGGCACCGAGGGACCCGUCACCACGCGCGCACCGCGCCGCCGCCGGGCACCAAGACGACACGGAGACGCGGUGCGGUGUGCAAAGAAAUAGAAGUCAUGAACACGACGGUGCCUUAAACAGAC